AUGCAUCGCACCACAAGUCUUUGUUCGAAGGCUUUCAAGUCUUUUUCUUCCAAAAUUCAAAUUCAUACCAAUCUCGGAAUACAACAACACGUUCGACUCUUCCAUUCCAAUCACUUCCAAAGGAUGACUUCAACAACCAUUGAACCUCAAGUUCUAUUUCAUGAUCGUUCAUCAGAACCAUCCGUACAAGUCAUCACGUUAAACAGACCCAAAGCCUUGAAUUCAUUGAAUUUAGAGAUGGUUCGGGAACUUACACCACGAUACGAACAAUUAUCAUCAUCCAAUGAUCCAUGCAAGAUGAUCAUUUUGAAAGGAACAGGAGACAAGGCUUUCUGUGCUGGUGGUGAUAUUAAAGCAAUUUAUGAAAGCAAGGAUCCGAAAUUCUUUGCAGAAGAAUAUCAAUUGAAUUACCUGAUUGGAUCUCUCUAUGAAAAACACAAGAAGGUUCAAAUUGCAUUGUUGAAUGGUAUCACCAUGGGUGGAGGAGUUGGAUUGAGCGUUCAACCUGAUACAAUUAGAGUUGCUACUGAGAAGACUGUUUUUGCAAUGCCAGAAACAGCCAUUGGUUUCUUUUGUGAUGUUGGUGGAAGUUAUUUCCUUCCUAGAAUUCCAAUUAAAGGACUUGGAAUGUAUUUGGCAUUGACAGGAGCAAGAUUAAAGGGAGAGCAAUGUGUUGUUGCUGGUAUUGCAACUCAUUUUGUUCCAUCUGACAAGUUGGGAGAAUUAGAAGAACUUCUUGUCAAACUCAGUAGAGAACACAAUGGAUUGCUUUCUCCACAAAUUAUCGGAAGUGAAAUUACAAAGCAUUUCCCUCAAGACCAAUAUCUUAACACCUCUCAUGCUAAAUCAUUCUUGCAACAUGAAAAGGAAAUUUCAUUAUUUGACCCAUCUGUGAACCCAACCGUUCAUGACAUUAUUGAAAGUUUAAAAAAGUUGAACACUCACCAUGCUGAGCACACUCUUAAAACAUUGGAGCAAAUGUCACCAACUAGUUUAAGGGUAGUCCACAGACAAUUAAGGAUGGGAGCUGUAUUAGGUUAUAAGGAAUGUUUUGACAUGGAGUUGGGCAUUGCAAAACACAUGAUGUUUGGUCAUGACUUCUUUGAAGGUGUUAGAGCAUUACUUGUUGACAAGGACAAGAAUCCAAAAUGGAAUCCUCCUACCUUAGACCAGGUCAAGAAAAAAGAGAUAGAUGCUUACUUUGAAGCAUUCCUUACCACCAGUGCCAAGAUUACUCAACACAAUGAAAAUGCAUAA